AAUUGAAAAAAAAAAAACCAUAACGACAAUUAAAGGAUAAUAAUAUUGUGUGUGUCUGUUUGGUUAUUAUACAGUUAGUAUCUCAUCUAUAUCGUUUGAAUAUUCAUUAACAUAGACAAUGCUUCGUGGUUCAGGUCUCCGUUCUGUCAAGAACUUGGCAUCUCGUCGUUUUAUUUCUACUUCCAAUGCUCAAAUCCAAUACACUUCAUUAUCCAAUGGAGUCACCAUUGCUAGUGAAAUCAAUCCAAAUGCUACUUCAUCUACCGUGGCUGCUUAUAUAAGUGCCGGUACUAGAGCUGAACAUCCUUAUAACAAUGGUAUCGCCGCAUUGACCACCAGCAUCUUAGCUUCAGGUUAUGAAAAUGGUGUUUUAUUAUCAUCAGAAAAUACUAAAGAAGUCAAUGGUAUUAUUGCUCAAACUACUAAUGGUAAUGUUCAAGAAGCUGGUAAAGUUAUUGCUAAGAUUCUUUCUAAUCCAACUGCCAUCUUAGAAAAAGCUGAUUAUGCUAGUGCUAAAACUAGAUUAUCUGCUCUUGCUGAAUCCAUUGAAUCUAAUCCAUCAUCUAAAGUUUUAGAACAUUUAGAAGCUUCUGCUUUCCAAGGUUAUUCUUUAGGGUUACCAACUUAUGGUACUUCUGAAUCAAUUGCUGAUUUACAAGCUGAAGAUUCUGCUAGAUUAUUAGAAAAAUAUUUAGUUGGUUCUAAUAUUGUUAUUUCUGCUUCUGGUAAUUUCGAUCAUCAUGCUUUAGCUGAUGCUGUUGAUGCUGCUUUAAAAGUUGAACAAGGGGUUAAACCAGUCACCAAGACUGCUUCAUUCUUAGGUUCUGAAGUUAGAAUGAGAGAUGAUACUUUACCAAAAGCUUAUGUUUCAAUUGCUGCUCAAGGUGAAUCUCUUUCAUCUCCAGCUUAUUACGUAGCUAAAGUUGCUGCUGCUGUAUUUGGUGAUUUCGAUCAUCAUUCAACCAUUGCUCCUUAUACCAGUGCUAAAUUAGCCAGCCUUGUUCAAGAAUAUCACAUUGUUGAUAAAUAUACUCAUUUCUCCAAAUCUUUCUCCGAUGCUGGUUUAUGGGGUUUCAAUGCUGAAAUUUCAAAUGUUGCUGCUGUUGAUGAAUUCACUCAUUUUAUAUUAAAAGAAUGGAAUAGAUUAUCUAUUUCAAUUUCAAAUGCUGAAGUUGCCAGAGGUAAAGCUGCUGUUAAAACCGCUUUAUUAAGAGAAUUAAAUUCAACUCAAGCUGUUGCUUCUGAUAUUGCCACUAAAGUUUUAUUAACUGGUUACAGAGCUUCCAUUAAAGAAGCUUUAGAAAAAGUUGAUGCUGUUCAAACUGCUGAUGUCAAAGCUUGGGCUCAAGCUUCAUUAUGGGAUAAAGAUAUUGUUAUCUCUGGUACUGGUCAAAUUGAAGCUUUACUUGAUUAUGGUAGAAACAGAAAUGAAAUGGCUAUGAUGAGAUGGUAAUCGGGUUUAAAUAUGAACGUCCUUCCAUUACCUUUUACCAUUUAAAAAAAAUUUACUUCUUUUGCAUCCUAAUAUAUACAGACAUUAUCAAAUAUAUAAGAAAUUCAUUAUAUUUAUUCCCCUCCACGUCCAUCUA